GGGUCACAUACGGGUUCCCUCUCGCCUGCCAGCCGCCCGCCCGCUCGGCGCAGAUGCACGCGGCUAGUGUUGUACAUAGACUUUAUGGCAGCCGAGGUGUUUAAUGAGAUUCUUUCUAUGGGCUUCUCCCCUCCCCCAGAACCUCCUUAUUUUUUACUUCCAAUGCUAGCUGUGCCCCUGUACAUGUCUGUUAAUUCACUUGGUUAUGAUUUGUAUUUUCUGGUUUCUUUUUUUAAUUUAUAACAGUCCCACUCACCUCUAUUUAUUCAUUUUUGACCUCCCAUUCCUUCCAAGCCAUCCCGCCCGCCCUUCCAGAGACCGCCCGCCACCGGGCUCUCCCAGUGCCCCAGUGUGUGUCGGCCCGGCCUGUCGGUCUCCGCCCUUGGCUCCAGCCGGGUUCUCAUGGUGCUCAAACCCGCUCCCCUCCUCUACUUCCUGCACUUUCUUGGACCAGUCCCCCCACUCCCAUCCCGAUCCCGACCCUGCCUGAGGGUGAGCGACUCCUGUACUGUAGGGGAAGAAGUGGGAACUGAAAUGGUAUUUUGUAAAAAAUAAAUAAAUAAAUAAAAAAUUUUUUUUAAAGUUUUAAAGAAAAGAACUAUGAGGAAAAGGAACCCCGUCCUUCCAAGCCCCUCCCAGCCCCGGCCAAUUUCAAAACUCGGACUUUCCCGUCGGUCCUCCUUUUUAAGCGUGAAACAGCCCAGGGGCAGGGACACGCAGGGAGAAAUUUCUCUGGGGCUUUAUUUUUGGUUUGUCAUUUUUUUUCUCCUCCAUGCUGGGGCUGCGGGAGGGAUGGGGGGUGGGGGGGGUUAUAGUCCCGCCCCCUCGCACUGCACUGUCUCUCUGCUCCAGGGCAGAGGGGUCUUCCCAACCCUACCCCUAUUUUCGGUGAUUUUUGUGUGAGAAUAUUAUUGAAAAUAAAGUCAGAAAAAAAAAAAUCCUGUUUCCCUAACGUGCUGCUGGGAGGAGGGGAGACGGUGAUUGAUGGAGAGGCUCUAACUGCGCAGACCCCGCUGAAGGGGAGCCCCUCCCCAGGGGCGCCUUUGGAAUGUCCAGAGCUCUGGUCCUGCUUCUCCAAACGGGAGUGCCUAAUCCUGGAGGCACAUUCCAGGAUAAAGGGGGUGGGGAGAGGCCGGGCCAGGGGAGGAGCAGGAAAAAGGGCUAUAAGGCCGUGGUCCAAGCACAGGGGCGAGCUAGGCGGGCCAUGGCGGAUGUCCCUGGGGUGCCGAGACCGGUUCCUGCGGGCCCAGAGCCUCGGGACCCACUGGACUGCUGGGCCUGUGCUGUGCUGGUCACAGCCCAAAAUCUGCUGGUGGCUGCUUUCAAUCUUCUCCUGCUGGCGCUGGUACUGGGGACCAUCCUGCUACCCGCUGUCACCAUGCUAGGCUUCGGCUUCCUCUGCCACUCCCAGUUUCUGCGCUCCCAAGCACCCCCUUGUACCGCACACCUGCGGGACCCGGGCUUCACGGCCCUGCUGGUCACUGGAUUCCUGCUCCUUGUGCCGCUGCUCGUGCUUGCCCUGGCCAGCUACCGUCGCCUGUGUCUACGCCUUCGCCUGGCAGAUUGCCUCGUGCCCUACAGCCGAGCCCUCUAUCGGCGCCGGCGUACCCCACAGCCACGGCAAACCCGGCCCUCACCAGGAUCCCAGGCCAUUCCCACAUCAGGAAAGGUCUGGGUCUGACGAUCCCAAGCCAAGAACCAUGUUGACUGUCCUCUUUUCCCAGGCAGCCCAAAAACUUGAAGCCGGGGUGGGGGUUGGGGAUGUCUCCCUGUUCGCCCUUCUCACACCCCUCAGCCAAGUCCUUCCUCUUUGGGGAAGAGCAGCAUCUGUGGAUCCACUGCAGGUGAAAAUUCUGGAAAAACCACUUCUACUCUCAUUACCCAUACCUGAAUCCUGAACAUCUGGGCUGGACCCUGCAAGUACAUAACCUCCCACACCCCAUCUUGUGAAUAGAACAACCAACCUCUUUCUUUUUAGUGCAGCUAAUAUUUACAGGCUGGGGAGCGAGGUUGGAGGGGAAGGAGUGGUCAUACAUCAAUAAAGGAUGA